ACAUGCCAAAUCGGAAAGGAGGGGUGGUCGGAAAAAGGUGGGAAGACGCCCAUCCUAAUUCUUCUCCUCCAGCUCUCCUUCUCACCAGGAAAAGACUAGAGCAAACUUGGCGCCCAACAACCCCAGACCGGACUCUCCCACAGAGAGGAGCUGGGCCCCGGGCCCGGGCGUCCCGGGAAGGCCGCCUCCAGAGGAGCCCCCGCAGACGCCAUACUAAAAGCCAAAAUGGCUGCCCCGAGGAAGCCCGCACCGUAGCUAGUGAGGGUUGGGGAACCGGCUUCUGCGGGAAAGGGGGAGGGAGACUCUAGGAAGAGUCGUCGCCAGGACUCUCGCCCCCGAGCUGCACAGAUAUCACAAAAUGUGAAUACAAUGUCUGAUGAGCCAGUGAGCCAGCUCUGGUGUUCACAAUGAAAGGACUGGCAACUGGUCAAUAUUGUGUUUGCAUUGAUUACUUCAAAAUCUUUGUUGGAGGAAUAAACACAAGAUUGAAUUCAACAGAGAUAGAAAUAAAACCAUAAGCACUGACUCCUGAAUAUGGGGAUAAGUGAGGAGAUGUCAUGGAUCCACGCGUGUGCUUGGCCUCUGAGCUAGCUCCAGUGCACCUCUGACAAAGUAAUGUGGUGACUUCAGGUUCCAGUUACAACCAUCCCUUGCUAUAACUUUUCAACUGUAUUUGGAAAAAUACUGGUCAGAAAAAAACAUGAUAAAGUUUUUCCUCAUGGUGAAUAAACAAGGACAGACCCGACUUUCUAAGUACUAUGAACAUGUGGACAUUAAUAAGCGUACACUUCUGGAAACAGAAGUCAUAAAGAGCUGUCUCUCUCGAUCCAGUGAACAAUGCUCUUUCAUUGAAUAUAAGGAUUUUAAGCUGAUCUAUCGGCAGUAUGCAGCGCUCUUCAUUGUGGUUGGAGUUAAUGACUCUGAGAAUGAAAUGGCUAUUUAUGAAUUUAUCCAUAACUUUGUGGAGGUUUUAGAUGAGUACUUCAGCCGAGUGAGUGAAUUAGACAUAAUGUUUAAUUUAGAUAAAGUACACAUCAUUUUGGAUGAGAUGGUGUUAAAUGGCUGCAUUGUGGAAACUAACCGGUCAAGAAUUCUUGCUCCUCUACUAAUUCUUGAUAAGAUGUCAGAGAGCUGAAUGAAGGACUCUUCCAGACAACAUCGAUUCAUAGAAAAUGUGAAUGCCAUGGAAUACAUCUCAACAUCUGUAGCCUGAAAAGAAUUUAGAAGAUCACAUUUUGCAAAAUUAGGUAUCUUCCAAAGACAUUAUAAAUGCAUUUCCCAGAGUACCUAAAUGGAAAAAAAAACCUGAAUUUUAAAAUUUGCAUGAAGAAGUUUUCUCUGAACUGUAGUUUUAUUUUAUAACUGUGAACAUUUUUCCCACUUCUUUAAAUUUUGUUCAGUACCUAAGGAAUUGCUUUUGGUCUCUGAUUCCUUUUGCAAACUAAAUUCAGCAACAUUAUCAUGAUGGGAAGAAAGUAUGGAGUUCACUAUCAGCCAAUAAAAUUUUUAAAUUGA